AUGUACUCCUUGAUCUUUGUGAAGCCUACUUUCAUUGGUGCCGAGACCAAAAUUACAAAACCCUUCUACAUAGACGCCAUCACUUGGCGCAAUCUGGCCUUCGCUGGAACUCGCCGUCAAAUCUGGAACGAGUCUCUAAGAGUCUACCCAGUCAAAAACGGCUUUGAGUUCUUCUACAUACGUCCAUUCUUGGAAUUCCUGGAGAAGAUUGGCAUCUGCGGACAAUCUCCAAAUUUUGGCGCAAAGACGGCCUUUGGCGAGUUUGAAACAGGCUCUUUAGCUAGCCUGUCGGAAAAUCUCGAGAAUGUGAAGUGGGAAGUGUCUGGGGACUACAGGCGCUAUGAUCUUGAAAGCAUCUUUGAAAAUGGAUUGUGCCAUUGGAAGUACAAGAUGAUUGACGAGAAGAAGCAACGACAGAAGAAAGCAGAGUUGAAUAGGCAAGAGGAGGAAGCGCGCUCUGAGCAUCAAGGAGAUGGAAGGGUGGAAGCCUCCUCCAACGCGCAAGAGACCAAUGCUAAUGAAAAACAUGGAGACGGGUACGACGAAAUGAUAGACGAUGACGAUGGCUAUGUUAGCCAGAAUGGUAACUUCAUGAAAGAUGGCGUUGUGGUUGCAAACUGA